AUGGCUGGAAGGGAAGGUUCUGUGUGUGGUGUUGGAAGGGGUUCUGGAGUGGGAAGGGUUUCUAGAGCUGUUGGAAGGGGUUCUGGGUUGUCAAUAGCGGGCUAUAGCGCCGCUAUCGCGGCGCUGCGUGGCGGAGCGGCGGCUGGGCGCGACGCCGGUGGUCGUAGCGGCGCAGGAAUCGCGGCGCGGUGGAUGACUACUCCCAAUGAACAAGCCCAAGACCCAAACUCAGCACCUGCUGCAGCCUUGAUCAAGCCAAAGGGUGAUAAUCUUGACAUAGCAUGGCAGUGGAAUAGUAUGAAGACGGUGGAUAAUAGAAGAUCAGUGAUAUGUGAUUUCUGUGGGUUUUUGUCAAAUGGAGGAAUUACCCGAGCCAAAAGACACCAAAUGGGAAUAGCGGGAGAUGCUAAAAAGUGUCUAAAGUGCCCUGCUGAAGUGAAACUCUUGCUGAAGGAGGCUCUUGAAAAGAAACAAGGGAUAGCUAAUGACUCAAUGUUGAAAGAGAUGCAAGAUGCUCAUGAUGAGAUGGAAGAAGUGCAAGAAAUUUUGAACCUCCAAAGUGGAAAGAGACCUUUACCCCUAGGAUCUCAGGCCUCUUUGCUGAAUUCCAAGAGAGUGAAAGGCCCCUUGGAUCUAAUGUUCUUUAAGGAUCCAACGAUAACUAUGAGGUUGGAAAAAGACAAGAGGCAAACAAGCAUAAUUGAUUCUUGUGAAAAAGAAGCUAGAGCAAGAACCAUUCAAUACAUAGAACGGUUUCUUUGUUCAAAUGAGAUUGCUUUUAAUGUUGUCAAAUCAAAAAGCUUCAAAUUGAUGGUGGAAGCUCUUGGAAAUUAUGGACCUCACCUAAAGCCUCCUAGCUAUCAUGAGUGUAGGGUUCCACUCCUUAAAAAAGAGUUGGAAUACACAAAGGCAUUGUUGAAGAACCAUGAGGAAGAGCGUGUCUUGCACAGAUGUUCCAUUAUGUCGGAUGCUUGGACGGAUAGGAAGAAUAGAACGUUGAUAAAUUUCUUGGUGAAUUGUCCAAAGGGAUCAUUGUUUGUCAAGAGCGUUGAUGGCUCUUCAUUCAUGAAGACGGGGGAGAAAUUGUUUGAGCUCUUGGAUAGCUUUGUCACGGAGAUUGGAGAAAACAAUGUGGUGCAAGUGAUCACGGACAAUGGGAGCAACUAUAAGUUGGCCGGGAAACUUUUAGAGAUAAGAAGGAAGCAUUUGUUUUGGACUCCUUGUGCUGCCCAUUGCAUAGACUUGAUGCUAGAGGACAUUGGGAAGCUUACCAAAGUUCACAAAGCAAUAGAGAGAGGCAUCAGCCUUGUUGGUUUCAUAUACAACCACACAUUGGCUUUGAACACAAUGAGGUUGUUCACAAAGAAGAUGGAGAUGAUUAGGCAUGGGGUUACAUGGUUUGCUACGUCAUUCCUUACUUUGCAGAGAUUGCAUACUCAGAAAGAUAACCUAGAAAAAAUGUUCCGUUCAGAUGAAUGGUUGAAAACAAAUGUAGCUAAAGACCGCAAGGGGAAGAAGGUGGCUUCCAUUUUUUUCAUGUCUUCAUUUUGGAAUGAUGUUCUCUACACACUUAAGGUCAUGGGGCCUCUUGUUCGUGUGCUAAGACAUGUUGAUCAUGAGAAAAAGCCCGCAAUGGGUUACAUUUAUGAGGCUAUUGAUAGAGCAAAGGAGGAAAUUAAAGCUUCUUUCAAUGACAAGGAAGAAAAGUACAAAGAAGUCUUUGAAAUCAUUGAUAGAAGAUGGGAGUGUCAACUCCACCAUCCUUUGCAUGCGGCUGGUCACUUCUUGAACCCCGACAUUUUCUACAAAAAUUCAGCAGCAAUUGAGAUGGAUGCUAAGGUGAUGAGUGGACUUUAUGCUUGCAUAGAGAGGCUAAGUCGAGGUGAAAAGGAACAAGAUCAAAUUAUGGAUGAGCUGGUGAAGUAUAAGAUGGGUGAAGAUCUCUUUGGACUUGGUUUGGCAGUUAGAUCAAGGGAUACACUUUCUCCUGCUACAUGGUGGAGUAACUAUGGAUCAAGAACUCCACAUCUCCAAAAGUUUCCCAUCAAAAUAUUGAGCUUGACUUGUAGCUCAUCGGGAUGUGAGCGUAACUGGAGUGUGUUUGAACAUAUUCAUUCAAAAAAGAGGAGUAAGCUAGAGCAUCAAAAGCUACAAGACUUGGUAUACAUCAAGUAUAACCAAGCUCUUGCUCACCGCUUUGAUUGUCGUGAUGUGAUUGAUCCAAUUCUACUAGAUGAUAUUGAUGGAAGCAAUGAGUGGUUGAUGGGACAAAUGAGAGAUGGUGAAGAUAUUGAAGCUGAAGAUGAUUUGCCAUUUGAGGAUCAUACCUUGAAUGUGGAAAAUGUUGGUAAUGUAGCUGAUGUUAGUGACCCUAUUAUAUACACUAGGAGAAGGGGAAGAGAAGCACCUACACUUGCACCUACACAUGUGGCCUCAAGCUCUAGGGGGAGGGGAAUGGAAGUAGAUGAAGAAUAUUCUGAAGAAGAAAUAGAAAAUGAUGAAGAAGUUCACAUCAAUGUAGAUGAAGUCAUUGAUCUUAAUGGAAGUGAUAAAGAGGAAGACCUCUAUCUAGAGGACGAUGAUUGA